GUCGAGUGAAAAGAGGUAAACAGACUUUCUGCUAUGUAUGGAAGUGUGAACGUAAGCAUCAAAGAUCUCGUUACGGAGAAAUGGGGCAACGAAACAUGGGAGAAAAUAAGGAUAAAAGCCGGUGUGGAUGAUCGGUUUGUCAAGUUCGAUAUGUACCCGGACUCCAUCACAUACCAGAUAGUUGGAGCCGCUUCAGAGGUCCUGGGUGUCGACGGUAACGUUGUCCUGGAGACGUUCGGUGUGUAUUGGGUGGUAUGGUGUAUGCGAUGUGGUUACGACGCCCUCUUUCGGGCUCUGGGUGGUACCCUCUCAGACUUCAUGGCUAACCUGGACUUCUUACACAGUGUGUACAUGAAGACCCUCUACCCUAAGAUGACCGUCCCGUCGUUCAGAGUCGAGGAGCUGGAGAAUGAUGAAAUGAUCCUUCACUACUACUCAAAUCGUCGCGGCCUCGGAAGCAUUGUCUACGGAUGCGUGAAAGCGGUCGGGCGAAUCAUCUUUAACACGGAAGUGGACAUCGAGCUGUUAUCACAUGACCAGGCAGAGUAUUGUGGGAUACUAAAGGACCAUUACAAGUUUCACGUGUGUUUCGUCAAGUUUGAUCUAGCUCCGAUGGGAACUAGUGGCAUUGUAACUGAAGAGGAAUGGACCUCCAUUGUUGAUGGGACCUCGCAUCUCAUCGGUGGGGGUGACUAUCGGCCACCAAGCAACGAAUCUGUGAAGAAUAAUCUGGUUCUCGCUCGGAACGGAUCCGCUAAACGAUGUCCUUUCUCAGGAAUGGAUAUCAACGGGAUUGAAGAAAGUCUGGCCGAAGGAAAAGUGGCAAGAGACCAAUGUCUCCCCGAGAUCUCUGAGAAACGUGUCCUCCCGAUCAGUCACUUCAAACCGAAGAUCCCCGCUAGGAUUCUCCUAGAUCCUGAGACAUUCUGCAAGACCUUCCCCUACCACAUCCUCUUCAACGAUGACCUGGUGAUCAUGCACUCUGGAUCAAAGCUGCAACAGUUCUGUCCGUUGAUCAAUGAUGAAGGCGCUACACUCAAGGAUAUUUUAGUCCUUGAUCACCCGGAGAUUGAGUUGACGUCGGAGAAUAUCUUUCUCUUUCUCAACAUGAUCUUCAUGGCGACGCUGAAGAAAGAAGCCAUGGCUCCCAACAUGCCGGUCCUCUCUCUCAGAGGUCAGAUGGUGUGGAUGCCUGAUUCACAUCUCUAUGUGUUCCUCUGUUCACCCCAGCUGACGUCACUGAAUGACCUAAGGGAUAGGAAGAUGCACUUUUCAGACAUCGCAUCACAUGAUCUAACACGUGACCUCAUCCUGUUCAAUCAACAAAGAAUCGCGGAGGUUGAGUUGGCGAAGCAGUUAGAGCAGAAGAAAGAAGAACUGCGCACGCUCAUGAGAGACCUAGAACUAGAGAAGAAGAAAACUGAUACACUACUCUACUCAAUGCUGCCGAAAGAGGUCGCUAAUGAUCUACGGGAUGGGAAGAAGGUUGAGGCAGGUGAGUUUCAGCAGGUGACUAUUUCCUUCAGUGAUAUAGUUCGCUUCACCGACAUGUGUUCUCAGUGUGAUCCUAUUCAGAUUGUUCAUCUGCUCAAUGAGAUGUAUGUUGUCUUCGAUGAGCUCACCAGCGUACACAAUGUCUAUAAGGUUGAAACCAUCGGGGAUGCCUACAUGACGGUAGGAGGCUUGCCUAUCCCUAAUGAAACUCAUGCUGAACAGGUGGCAUGCUUUGGUCUCGGGCAGGUUGAAGGGGUUAAGAGCAUCUCAUCGCCUGUCACCGGAGAGAUAAUACAGAUUCGAGUGGGUAUCCACACCGGGCCUGUAGUAGCUGGUGUUGUGGGUGUUAAGAUGCCUAGAUACUGUUUGUUUGGCGAUACUGUGAACACGGCAUCGAGAAUGGAGAGCCACAGUGUACCGGGAAAGGUUCACAUUAGCCCUUCUACCUACAGAGCGAUCAAGGGUAAAGGGUUCGAAUGCGAGGCCCGAGGUGGGAUGGAGAUCAAAGGUAAGGGUAGGAUGAUGACACACUUUGUGAUUGCUCGAUCAAACCAGACCAAUAAUGACGACACAGACUCAGCUUCGGACUCAGCUUCAGACUCAGCUUCAGAUGAAGGAGAUGACGCCCGCACAUGUCCUGAUGAAAAAGUCAGAGCCCCUGUGAUCAUCAACGAACCGAACUACGAACAGUCUACGAAUAAAGACGACCUCACUGCGAUCAGUGCAGGCAAAACAGCGCCCUCUAGAGUCGAGACCCAGGCAUCUACAUCUACAUCACCAUCGUCCGAUGUAACCGAGAAAAGAACCUCUUCAGCAUUGUGCACUGUGCUUUAAAUGAGUGCAGCUAAAUGAAAGCAUGUUGAAAAGUGUUACAAACCAUUUACAAACACUUGAGGCGCCACAAAUGUCAUUAAAGUAUCUCUGUUAUUGUAAAUUUUCUUGUGCAAGCAUCUCUGAAGUGCUGUAAAUACAACUAGAGUUUUCAAUUAUAUCUGAAUUGAAUUGAAUGAAUUUAUAUCUUCUUUGAUACACGGUUAAAAUUCCAAACAGUUUCAAGACUGAUUUCCAUUUGGGCCUUCAGAUACAAGGUAGAUACAUGAAAUAAACAUAUCUUUUGUGAUUAAAAAAAAAUGACAUUGGUACAUCUGAAGAAUG